UUACAUGAAUUAAACAUGAGUACAAAGAAUUUCAGAAUGAAAAAGAAACGAGUCAGAAUAAUUACAAAACUUUCUUUGCAUAACAUAUUUUACACUUUUUGCACAGAAUCUACGCGUCACUCCACAGACAUGGACCUGAGUAAUAUGAGAAAAAAAUACAAAGGAGAUGAGGACUGCUUUGAGGAAAGUCAGCUUGCAUCCCUGGACCCUAUCACACAGUUUGGAAACUGGUUUGAUGAAGCGACAAAGUGCCCUGAAAUUGGAGAAGCUAACGCUAUGUGUAUAGCCACUGCCUCCAAGGAUGGCCGUCCAUCUGCUCGAAUGGUACUUCUAAAAGGUUACAACAAUGAAGGCUUCCGCUUCUUUUCAAACUAUGAGAGUAGAAAGGGUAUUGAAUUGGAAAGCAAUCCAUAUGUGGUGUUCUACUGGGAACCUCUGAACAGACAGAUUCGUAUUGAAGGUAAUGUAGAAAAGAUCCCAUACCAGGCCUCAUGUGACUACUUCCAUUCACGACCAAAAACCAGUCAAAUCGGGGCUGUGGUGAGCCGACAGAGCACUCCAGUCCCCAACAGAGACUACCUCAGACAGAAAAAUGCUGAAUUACUGGAGAAGUACAAAGACACUGAAGUGCCGAUGCCUGACUAUUGGGGAGGCUAUAUCGUCAAACCUUACCUGAUCGAGUUUUGGCAGGGUCAGACCAACCGGCUUCAUGACCGAAUUGUGUUUACCAAACUGAAGCCUGGAGAGGAGCAAGGAGAGUUUCAGCACAUGGCCGAGGGAGGAUGGGUGUAUCAAAGACUGUGUCCUUAAAAAAAAGUAUAGUUUUUUGUUUUUUUUUUAAAUAGAGAAAAAUCACAAGCUAUAUUAGAAAUCCAAUGGGAAAUACUUGAUGUUAAUGAUUGCUGCUAUAAGUGGUAUUAAAAUACACCUGACAAUAUAGUACAUUUUUACAUUGUUACUUGUUUUUCACAUCCUCUGGCGUUCUAUGAAUUAUAGAACGUAUUAUGAAUAUAGUGGUUAAAGUGUCCUAGGUCAGAUCAAACUCCACUUCAUGUCAAAUAAUGUUCAACAAUUAGUUACACAAUAACAAUGCAUUUCAAAAGCACAAAAGCAAUUACCGGUAGUUUGUGAAAUUUUAGGUGGAAGGUAUAUGAAAAAAAAAAAAAAGAAAAUAUUUUCUAAUAUGGCAAUGUUGUUAUUGUUGUAGUCUUAAUUCCAGUUGCUUUUUAACACAGAUUAAAAGUGCUGGGUUUACACAGUGCACUGCCUGAAAUGUAAAUCAUUUGUGUAAAUUUGUGUACAGUCAUGUCUAAAUGUGCCAAUAAUAAAGUUCAAUUUUUA